GUUUCUUUAUUAUACUAUGCUAUGCUUGGUCAUAAGCACAUAGACAUAGUAAUCAUCUUAAAACCGUAUGUCCCUACCCAUCGUUCAAUUCAAUCCACACACUCUCUCUCUCAUCAAUUAAAACCCUAUUUUUGCCACAAAUACCAGUAAUUCUAUUCUAUUCUAUUUUAUCCAAUUUGUUACACACCCCACACCCUAAAUUAAACAAACACAAAAACCAUAUAAAAUCAGAUCUAUUCUUUUCAAACCCUCUCACACCUCAAACCCCUUUCCUUCUCCUCUUUCUGUUUUUCCUUCCUUCCUGUAUGCACCAUGAAGAUCUUUAACCCUUCUCGUUCCUUUCUUCCAAUAAACAACGCUGUGUCUCCUUUUGACACCAUCUUCGUAAAGCCUAUGAAGCUUUACAUCCUUGGUGCUUCUCAUGUUAAACAAUUUCACUUCCUCAGCAAUAACUGAAUAAAAUCUUAGAUCAAUUCAACCCAACACCACCAAAAUUCAUCAUCAUCAUAACCAAAAACAAAAACAAACACACACUCUCUCUCUCUCUCUCUCUCUCCCCCCUUCAAUAAACAAAAACAAAAAACAAUGGAUCGCAACAACAACAGUAGCAACAAGAAAAGGAACAUUCUGUUCAACAAAUACGAGAUAGGUAAAAUCCUAGGACAAGGCAAUUUCGCCAAAGUGUAUCAUGGUAGAAACAUGAACACAAACGAAAGCGUAGCUAUAAAAGUAAUUAAAAAAGAAAAGCUGAAAAAAGAGAGGCUGAUGAAACAAAUCAAACGUGAAGUUUCCGUGAUGCGUCUCGUUCGUCAUCCACAUAUAGUUGAAUUGAAAGAAGUCAUGGCAAACAAAGCAAAAGUAUUCAUGGUUGUUGAAUAUGUCAAAGGAGGUGAACUCUUUGCUAAAGUAGCAAAAGGUAAAAUGGAAGAACAUGUUGCUAGAAAAUAUUUUCAACAAUUAAUCAGUGCUGUUGAUUUCUGUCAUAGCCGUGGUGUUACUCACCGUGAUCUCAAACCUGAGAAUCUUCUUUUGGAUGAAAAUGAAGAUCUUAAGGUUAGUGAUUUUGGUUUAUCUGCUUUGCCGGAUCAACGAAGAUCCGACGGUAUGCUUCUCACACCGUGUGGGACUCCUGCCUACGUUGCACCUGAGGUUUUGAAGAAAAUUGGCUAUGAUGGUUCUAAAGCUGAUAUUUGGUCUUGUGGUGUUAUUCUAUUUGCUUUGCUUUGUGGUUAUUUACCCUUUCAAGGUGAAAAUGUCAUGAGAAUUUAUAGCAAAUCUUUUAAAGCUGAUUAUGCUUUACCUGAAUGGAUCUCACCAGGUGCUAAGAAAUUGAUAUCUAAUUUGCUUUGUGUUGAUCCUGAAAAGAGAUUUUCUAUACCUGAUAUCAUGAAAGAUCCAUGGUUUCAAGUCGGGUUUAUGAGACCUAUUGCUUUUUCAAUGAAAGAAUCUGCUGUGGAUGAUAACAUUGAUUUCAGCGGAGAUGAAGGUAACAAUGGCAGUGAUGGAAAUAAUGCUGCUGCUGAUGUUGUCGUCGAUGGGAUUGUUGGAACUAAGGGUAAUCAUUCCCGUCGUCCAUCUUACAAUGCAUUCGAGAUAAUUUCAUCGCUGUCGCAUGGAUUUGAUUUGAGGAACUUGUUUGAAACAAGGAAGAGAUCGCCAUCCAUGUUUAUAUCUAAAAAUUCUGCAUCUACGGUUGUAGGGAAGAUGGAGAAUGUAGCAAAAGAUCUGAAUUUGAAAGUUACUGGAAAAAAAGAUUUCAUGGUGAAAAUGCAGGGGACGACUGAGGGGAGGAAGGGGAAAUUGGGUAUGACGGUGGAGGUGUUUGAGGUGGCACCUGAGGUGGCUGUGGUUGAGUUUUCUAAGUCUGCAGGAGAUACACUUGAGUAUGUAAAGUUCUGUGAAGAAGAAGUUAGACCUUCUCUCAAAGACAUUGUCUGGAGCUGGCAGGGUGAUACUCACUGAUUAUCCACUCUGUAAUCAUAUUCAUUACUUUUUAUUUUUACAUAAAAAAAAAAAACUAGAAAUAUCAUUAAUUUUUAUUGUUACAUAAAACAACUAGAAAUAUCACAGAGUAGCUGUUUCAAUUAGGAUUCUUCAUUUUAGAUUGUAUUACAGAUUGAUGACUGUGUGAUAUUUCAUUUGGAGUUUGUGAAUUAUGGUUAAUUAGCUUCUAAUACAUCAUUGAUGUUGGCUUAA